GCUCUCUCGAUUUCAUUUCUCUCGCCCUUUUCCUCUCUCGAUUUGUUUAUGUUUGCCGCAGUUUGUGACCCACAUAAAGAAAAAAACAAAAAAAAACUAUAGAUAAGGGGCGGCCUUGAUUUUGGUGGGGAUCAAGAGGGGAGGUUAAGGCAUUUAAACAAUAAGAUAGCUCAAGAGCGGAGAGCGUUAAGUGCUUGCGUAAACUCACCCCCGUUUUGAGCAGUGCAGGCCUCGCACAAAAUUAUGAAAUGCGUCAGGGGCACUCACUGCGCACCACUUAUAGUUACAUUUUAUGUACAGUCAAGCCUCCGCAACGCGAACGGAAGCCUUACAAAUAUAUAUAUUAUUUAUGUUGCAUUCAUCUAAGUCAAACUUUGAAAUAUUUUUAAUACAUGAAACAUUAUUUUAAUACACUUAAUUUUAUAUUUUAUAGAUUCUCUAAAAAAAUAUCUUUAUCUAUUUUAUGCAGAUAGGGUCUUGAAAUGAGUUCGACUGAACUUGUCGACUGUUUAAAAUCUGCAAUUAAAUCAACACUAGCUAAGCAAUUAACCCAAGUAGCAAUUAUUGUUAGCAAGGGCACAACCUAUAAUUCUUACAAUAUAGUGAAAAAUUAAGCAAUUGUAAAAUAAUACUAGAUCGCAACAGUGAAAUUUAAAUAAUUUAGUUAUUCUUAAGUUUAGUCAGACUUUAUACACUACAAUUUUAUUAUUUUAAGGCGUAUAGGUAGAUAAUAAAAACUUUUUAAUGAAAAUAAAUUUUCUACAGACGUUUUCUUUAAGUUACUUGCUUUUAUGUAGAAAUUUGACUGUAGCUAGUUUACUGCGAUCAUGAAACGUGCAAUUAGAAUCCUGCAAUCUGGCAGGACCUUAGCAAUUAGACUCGUAAUUAUCCAGAAUUAUUUGCCAUAUAUAAGAACUCCAGACACUAGAAACCAUACAGAAAAGUCUGAUUUGUCCAAGCCAUGAAGACCACGGAAAUCAAAAAACCUUACCGAAUGGAGGAGUUCCUGCGCCCGCAGUGGUUCCAGAAGGUGGCGCAGAUGGUGCAUUUCCAGUGGCGAAGGAAUCCGGUGGACAACAGCAUGGUGAACGCAUCCAUGGUGCCCUUCUGCUUUGCGGCGCUGCUCAAUGUCCUGUUCUUCAGCUGCAAUGGCUGGGACAUCAUAGGACACCUUUGGCUGGGACGUCCUGCCAACCAGAAUCCGCCCGUGCUCAGCAUCACCAUUUACUUCUCGAUCAGGGGACUGAUGCUAUUCCUGAAACGCAAGGAAAUCGUGGAGUUUGUUAACGAACUGGAUCGGGAGUGCCCGCGGGACUUGGCCAGCCAGUUGGACAUGCAAAUGGAUGAGACGUACCGAAACUUUUGGCAGCGCUAUCGCUUUAUCCGUAUCUACUCCCAUGUGGGUGGUCCGAUGUUCUGCGUGGUGCCAUUGGCCCUAUUUCUCCUGACCCACGAGGGUAAGGACACUCCUGUCGCCCAGCACGAGCAGCUCCUGGGAGGAUGGCUGCCAUUCGGUGUGCGUAAGAAUCCAAAGUUUUACUUCUUGGUCUGGUUCAUCGACGUGAUGUGCACCACUUGCGGCGUCUCCUUUUUCCUCACCUUCGACAACCUGUUCAAUGUGAUGCAGGGGCAUUUGGUCAUGCAUUUGAGCCACCUUGCCCGCCAGUUUUCGGCCCUCGAUCCUCGCCAGAGUUUGAUCAACGAGGACCGUUUCUUUGCGGAACUUAGGUUACUAGUUCAGAGGCAGCAGCUUCUUAACGGAUUGUGUCGCAAAUACAACGACAUCUUUAAGGUGGCCUUCCUGGUGAGCAACUUCGUAGGCGCUGGUUCGCUCUGCUUCUAUCUCUUUAUGCUGUCGGAGACAUCGGAUGUUCUCAUCAUCGCCCAGUACAUUUUACCCACUUUGGUCCUGGUCGGCUUCACAUUUGAGAUCUGUCUACGGGGAACCCAGCUGGAGGAGGCGUCGGAGGGGUUGGAGUCGUCCUUGCGAAACCAGGUAUGGUAUUUGGGUAGUCAGCGGUACAGGAAGUUCUAUCUGCUCUGGACGCAGUAUAGCCAGCGGACACAGAAACUGGGCGCCUUUGGCCUUAUCCGAGUGAAUAUGGUGCACUUCACUGAAAUCAUGCAACUGGCCUACAGACUCUUUACUUUCCUCAAAUCUCACUAGAAGAAUUUACCUCUCAUUUAACUGUAGAAUUGAUUUGUGCUUGGCUUUAUUUAAGUUUUAUUUAGUUAUUCAAAAACACUUUUGACAAAUGAAAUACGCUUCAUUGUUGUAAAAUUAGACUUAUAUAUACCAAGUUAAGGGAUACACUUUAAAAAAAUAUAUAUAUUUGAUUUCGAGAAAGUAACCUAUGUAUCUUGUGUUAAAUGUUGUUGCAUGAAUAAAUUUACGGUAUCGUAAAGUAUAAGAACACA